AUUCUCUCUCUGUAUCUCUCACCGAUCCCACCACAGUGUAGUAAAGCGGACAGGAAGCUAAACAAACAGCGGAAUCUUUUCAGUGAAGACCGCGACAGAGCUCAGAGCUCAUCGGUUCCCAGCCCCUGUUCCCUGCGACAAGUGGAUUUCAACCAAGGCUUAAGCAUCAGGAACGCUUACACUUGACGUCUGCAGACCUGGUACGGCGAUCACACCUGAUCCACUGCACAAGACGACGACACUGCCACAGACUCAUCUUAUCGAUCAUAAACUGCGUAGCGUCAAAGGAGGGAAAGCAGAUUCAACAGAGAGGACUCCAGCAGUUGUCCUUCAAGUCAAAAUCAGCGUGAAAAAUGUUUCAGGCACUAACUCAGCUAUACUGGAUAUGAGCAAAAAUGACUCUGCAAGAAACCAUGACAAGUCAACAGCUUUGACAACCCAAAAGGAAAUCCAUUUUUUGCAUAUGUGAAAGAUCUGUACUCUCAAUAGCGGACUCGCAUAAGAAUCCAACCUUGUUUCCGUUUAUUUUAAAACAACUCCUUCCUCUCCACUCCCAUCAUGAAGAGUUUAUUGACUGCCCUCACUCCUUCCUGUACCACGCUCCUCAUCCUUCCCUUUUUCAUGCUCUUAUGCCCGCCAGCAUUGGUCAGAGGUGACUGCUGGCUCAUCGAGGGGGAUAAAGGCUAUGUGUGGUUGGCCAUCUGCAGCCAGAACCAGCCACCAUAUGAGACAAUCCCACAGCACAUCAACAACACAGUACAUGACUUGCGACUUAAUGAGAACAAGAUUAAAGCUAUUUUUUUCACCUCCUUGAGUCGCUUCACAAAUCUGACCGACCUCAACCUCACCAAGAAUGAGAUCUCGUACAUCGAAGACGGUGCUUUUGCAAGCCAAGCAAAUCUACAGGUGUUGCAACUUGGAUAUAACAAGCUAACCAACCUGACUGAAGGCAUGUUGCGAGGUCUGGGACGUAUGCAAUGUCUUUUCUUGCAGCACAAUCUCAUAGAAGUCAUCGCCACCAAUGCAUUCUGGGAGUGCCCCAGCCUCAGCAACCUGGACCUGUCAUCGAACAAGCUUGCCCGGCUAGACCCAUCCACUUUCACUGUGUUGGGCAGGCUCAUGGGAUGUGAGCUUGCGGGAAACCCUUUCCACUGCGGCUGUGAGCUCUACAGCUUCCUCGCCUGGUUAGAGGCCUUCAACAAUGUCACACACACCUAUGAUCGACUUCAGUGCGAGACCCCACGGGAGCUGUUUGGCUAUCCGUUGCUGAGUCCUGUGGCUGGGCACGGACGGAGUGCUCGCUAUAUCCUUUCCUCUGUGUGCCGGGAUGGGGUGCUAAUUCCAGGGAUGACAUCUCUGCCACCUGAUCCUGAUUCUUCUGGCAUAGGUCCUGACAUGUUUGACCACAUUGGACCAUACCAUCAGCCUACAACUUCCUCCUCGUCUGACAAUGCAUUUAGUCCGAGCAUCAAACUGCAGCAUGUGUCUCUCUCCUCUGCAUCCCUUCUGAUCCAGAUUCCAAAGCCAUACAGCAAGAUGUACAUCCUGGUGCAGUAUAAUCAGAGCUUUGUGUCGUAUGUGAAGAACUUGAAGAAUAAAAAGGAAAUGAUCACCCUUAAUAAGCUCAAACCGAACACCAACUACACCUUCUGUGUGGCAUCUAUACGCAACUCACAGCGCUACAACCACACUUGUUUAUACUUUUCUACCAGAGCUCCAAAUCCAGAUGACUUGAUGCCCCCACCCUCCACGACCACCCACUACAUCAUGACCAUUGUUGGCUGCCUCUUUGGAAUGCUGAUUGUUCUCGGGUUUGUCUACUACUGCUUGCGAAGACGACGCCGACAGGAAGAGAAAGAGAAAUCCAUUUGUGUGAAGAAGACCAUUCUGGAAAUGCGAUACGGACCAGAGGUGGCAGCGGCAGUUGCAAAUGACCCCAUGGCUGUCCAGAAACUUCAUGAGCAAAGCCACCAUCAGCAUCACCAUGGCAAACAACCCAUGUCCUCCUCAUCCAGCUCUGCCAUGCUUGGCCAUGGUUCUGCCAACACUAGUUCCUCACGUCUGUCCUCCAUCCCUCAAGUAGAGAAGAUGGCAACUGCCUUCUCAGAGGCCAUGGCCACUAAGGGCAACUAUAUGGAUAUUAGGACCUCUGUAGGAGGAGACGAAAGGGGGAGAGAUGGAGCUGUGAUACAUGGUAUUCGGGAGGAAGACCUCAGGGAGGAUGAUGGAAGUGACCUGGGUGAUGAUUCAGAUGAUGAUGGCCAUGGAUCAGCAUCCGAGAUUUCAACAAUUGCGAUGGAGGUUGACAAGGUCAACCAGAUAAUUAACAAUUGCAUUGAUGCCCUUAAGCUGGACUCUACUGUUUCCACCACAGCAAGUGGUCCCACCUCACCCCCACCUACCUCUACCUCCUCCCUGACCAGAGGACUGAUUCCCAUUUCUACCAGUGUCAGUGAUACUUGCCAAGUACUGCCUUCCCCAAAAAUUCCUCCUCCACCCCCUCUUCCCUUCACAGUUCCUCUGUCCGAGAGACCUGGGAUCACAGGGGGCGGCUUUGUGUCACCGCCAUACCGUCCACCUCCCCCAGCUUCUGCAGUGAGACCUAUUCAAAGACAGAUGAGUGCCGAUGCAGCUGUCAUCGUCUCUUCUUCCAAGAGGCACUGCCGCCCUUCCAGUGGGAAAGGUCGCGUUUACAGCCUAGAUGUUCCGGAACCCCACAGCCCAGAUCCCUGCCAGUAUCAAGACAAGGGCAGCCCACUGGGGUGCGGUGAGCCCCUGGACAGGCUCCCUUUAGUAGGUAGUGGUGGAGGUGGUGGCUGUUGCAUUGAUGGUGGUACUGUAGAUGGGAUGGGCCUUCAGCAGCACCUGGAGGUGCACCCAGACUACCACUGUGCAGAGCAUCGUCACUCAGUCCCUGCCCUUUACUAUGAGGGCUCCCAUGACUCCCCAGCCCAAAGGGUCUCUUUUCUCAAGCCUCUGUCACACACCAAGAGAGACGCUGCUUCCUACUCUCAGCUCUCUCCCCGUCACCACAAUUACUCUGGCUACUCCUCGAGUCCAGAAUACUCCUCCGAGAGCACCUUGCGCAUCUGGGAGCGCUUCCGUCCCCACAGAAAGGGUCCACGCGAGGAGUCCUGUUAUGUAACAGCCGGAAACGCCUUGCGCAAAAAGGUCCAGUUUGCCAAGGGGGAGGACUUGCAUGACAUCCUUGACUACUGGAAGGGUGUGUCGGCACAGCAAAAGCUGUAAUCUAUGUGACUGCGUGGAAACACAGCGCAGGUCUCCUUCACUGCCUGAUAAACCGGAAGAGCGACUAUAGUGAGAAGUCGGGUUAUGGCUGCAGUGUGCAAAACAGAGCCAAGUUUGUCAGGGUUUGAGGACAAGUUGUUUUAAUCUGUUUUUGUACAGUGAGCCAGAAAGAGAGUAAAAGAGCCUGAGGAUACACUACAUACAUAAGAUAACAUUCAGAGAUGUAAUUUGGAGCACUGACCAUUGUCAUACUCAGUGAAAAAGGUCAGAUGGGCUUAUCAUUUGUCAACAAUUGAAAUAAUUGUAUUUUACUCAGUAUUCAUCUGUGUAUUCAUCAUUCAUAUCAAUGGUGAGACCUUUGUAACCUGAGUCCUCGUUCAGCCUGAGACAGAAUCUCUGUUUAUACUCCCACUCGAAUCACAGGCCAUCACAUUCAUUUGUUAGGUGGGAAUACGUAUGAGUGUGUGUUUUAGGAGGAUAAAAUGAUGUGCUGAUUUUCUACAAAUCUGUCAAAAGCAGUUUCCCCCUUCCAUAUUGCAGAGACUAUGCACAGAGCAACCAAAUUUACAUUUCAAUAGCACUCCUCAUGUGAAAAAUAAAAGAAUGGAGGGAAGGAAAAGAUAAAAAAUAAAACAGAAGAAUCUCCCUGGGGAGCUUUGGAAUAGUCAGCCGUGUUUGGCAGCUGCUUGCUGUGCUGAGCAGGAUGACAUAAAUAGGGCAAGGGGUGCUAGAGAAAAUACUGUAGAUUUACUAUGGUCUGUGGAAAAAGCGUAGAUCUGUGUUGGAGAUUAAACAGACAUAGCUCUGUGCAUCUCUCAUCACUGAUGCAUUAUUAAUAGCAUUUUCUUAUCAGAGGUUACCUUGUCACCUGUAUCACAGCAUGAGCACAAAGUGGCUGUUGGCAGCAGAGGUUUAUUUAUUCUGUUCCUCUGCCCUAAGGUCAAUUUGUUUAGUCCAUUAAUUGUCUUUUGGAAGCCUGUUGCUGACAGCGGAGACAUUCAACAGGCAAAGUGACCUAGACCCUUUUAAACUGAUGCUUUAUAUGACAUGUUUCUCCAGGAUCUUGUUUGUUCGUUUAUUUAUUUAGUGGGGGGAAUUAUUAUCCAUGAUGCUGACAUUGAAAUUA